ACCAUACUUCGAAUACGACGGCCUGCGUCAGCGCCACAAAGACUUCCAAUGACAUUCGCAACGCGUGGAAGCUCGCACCUUCCACCGUGUCGUCGCUAUGCUCACAGCUCAAGCUUAUGAGUGCUUCGCUUUCGCAAAUCCAACACCUCUUGCUAGAAGAUACGGACGUGCUACAAAACAGACCCGAUAUCCUCGAGGCGUUCGACAUGGCAUUGACAGCGUGCUUGGUAUUGUCGACAUGGCUCGAUGAAUAUAUGCAGACUAUCACCAAAGGAGUCCUUGACAUAAAUAAGGGCUCCUGGAAGAUGAAAUUUCAGACGCUGUGGAGUGAGCACGAGGUCGAAGAGCUGUCGCAUCAGCUUCAAGUUCAACAAGGAGCAAUCAGUGUAGUUGUUGGUCUGUUGCAAAUGCGCUUAACGUCCGAGAUUCAGCGGAAACUGCGCAAACACGAGACUUUGCUUCGGAACAUUGCUCCUGAUACUCAACAUCUUCGCCGAGCGCAUGUCAUUGAAUCCUCAGAAUCUGUUCUGUGCACCGACGAAGCCAAUGCAAGUGUGUUCAGCAAGCUCUUUGAGGCCAAGAACACCAAGGACAGGACUGCUCCAAGACUAUUUGAGGCAGUCAUUUUGAAAUCCAGAGUCUACUCGAACGCUAUGAAUAAGGUACUCCGUCAAUGAGAGCGGAAAUGCCGGAAACCCCGGAAUAAUCUCAUCCACUCGCUCAUUCCACUGCCAUCUCACACCCCACCAAACCUUCACUCUGCCUUUCUACCCGCCCUCUCCCUAAUCCUCUCAUCUUUCUCCCACUUCUCCACAUAUGUCUUCAAAGACCCCAACCACGCACGAUCCCUCUUCCCCCGGCACUACGCACCCACAAUCUCAGGUAAGAUCCAGCAUACGCCAUCCUUUUCGGAGCCAAUACAACUCGUCUGCGCCUUGAAGACAAGGAUUGUGCUGGCCAGAA